AUGGAGCGGAUGCGCCAGAAAUUUCCGGUGAACCAAUCUGAUUCUUUUGCUCGUGGAAACAAACCCCUCCCCCCUGGCUCGAACCCCCCUAAUGUCGCUGCCCAGGACAUCUCGGGCCCUAAGGAUGGAACGCGCGCUGGCUCAAAGCUUCUGACAGGCUUUUCUUCCAGUCCCGCAGCUCGAUCACAGUUUAAAAACCCGCUCAUCCAGACAUAUAAAAAUGUCGCCAAGUCAAAGAAACAGAUCGCUGAGCAAGAGACGCGUCAAAUGGCACAAAGCACGGUGCCACAAAGAGCGUUUGUAUCUACCUCGUCAUCCAGCCUUGCGUUAUUUCCCGUCUCCAUCAAAUCCAACUCACAACAAUCGACAUCUUCCUUCAUGGAUAUCGGUUUGGAUGAGGAAGAUUCUUCAGAACCGUUGCCGAACGUCCCCACAGAGUUUCCGCUAGAUGUCGGUAAAGCCAAUGAGCUAGAUGUACAGUCGAAACGCAAGGCUGAGCCUUUUCCCUUGGAUACCCUGUUUGAACACUCUAGUCGCUGCUUGCCGAAGCCAUUUCCGAUGGAUCUUGGGGAGAUUCCCUCACCGAGCUCCGAAGACACCAUCGAGAUUAAGGAUAUCCUCGAUGUUCUAUGUACCCCUCCCAGAACGAGACCAUUGAGCACCUCCCCUUCCACCAGGUCACUUUCCGAGUUGGGUGAGCUGUGCGUGACAGUGAAAUCGCAAGGUGGCGCAAAUGCCGUGAAGCCGUUCCCGCUCUCUACCCCUGAACUCGAGGAACAAACAUUUGAGACCAAUGGUGGUCUUUCAGUCCCGCCGGACAAUCCCUCACUCAACAAAUCAAGGACCGCUCACGGGUCACACUUAGCACCGGGGCUCGAAGUGGACAUAAGUUAUGAUACAAGCGACGCCAUCGAUCCAAGCACAAUAUGCCCAUUUUGUGAUGAGCCCUGGCCAUCAGACCCAAGUGCAGAGCUGACAAACCUCCUUGCACGGGCUCGACGAAAAGCUUGGCCACACAAGCGUUAUACCAAUCCUGAAGGUCUCAAGGCACCACUCGAAGCUAUAAUUGAUCUGUGUAAUACACAUCGCAGUGAGGCCUCCAUCAUUCCGGAAGGCAUCGCUAAAGGCUGGCCUUCCGAAAUCGAUUUCGAUGCUAUUCCAAAUCGAUUAUGGAAACUGAAACCUGCUCUCCAGAAACUCAUCGACUUCCCAUCCGGCUGGCAUUUUUUUGACAUCGCAAAGAAAGAUAUACAGCAGUUUGGUGCUGCGGCAACGAACAGCACUCGUGGCCAAUUCUCCACUUUCUCGAGAACACAGCCCGGCUACUACGGGGAGCGGGGGCUUGUUCGAAUCGCAAAUGGAUUGCAUGACUUAUUUCCUGGCCUUUCGACUCGACCUUCCUUUGCGCCACUGGAUGUAGAGAAUUUCCUUCUUCGAGUCUUGAUACCAGAAACAGCUCGUUUACUCAUUAUGGAAGACUUGGACUUAGAUGAGGCCGAUGCGCUCUCUGUGCUUCGGGAGAGCCAGAAAUAUGGUGUAGCCAAAUUCCCUGAUCGCGGCGAGGAAGACGCUUUGGAGAAAUUCGGGGUCUCCAUGCGGGUACGAUUAAAGCUGGGACAGGAGCGGCAUCUUGCUGAUACGAAAGAGGCGGAGCGAGAGUUAAGAACGGAACGUAGAAAGACGAAGAAAAACAAGCAUGAUCUCCCCCCGAACCCGACGCCACCUCUUUGA